AUGGUCGAACUCCUCCACAACAAACUACUUCUACGGAUUAGUAUGAGAUUCCUGUGCAGUCAAGGUCUGGAGGCAACGAGAGCCACAGGCCCCAGUGUACACCGCCGGUGCCACGUACGGACUCCCGAAUUCAAGGUCAACACGAAGGAGUAUUUCGGAGGUUCAAGCGCGGGGAGCUUUAUCAAUCAAGUUCGUACCGCCGUGAGACAGAAGCUGGGCUUGUCGAAUCCUGGACCAACGGAACGACAUACUCUAUCAACAGGCCAAUGUAGUCUCGGAAAACAGCAAGAAAACAUCGACAUUAUACUCCCAGCACGAAGUAAAGCCGACCAACUCUUGGGGAUCUACUGGGAUUCUGUCUAUCCUUUAUAUCCAUUUGUGGACCAGCAAGAAACCCUUUUCAAGUACAGAGCAUUAUGGGAUGGCCAUCAGCAGACCGAAGGAGACCGUCUAUUUGUUUGUCUGCUGAACGUCAUCUUUGCUCUGUCUUGCCAGUUGAAUGGAGCUAUCGAGGCCGAAAGACGUGAAGCUUCCGCCCGAGUGUACUUCCAAAGAGCAAAAGCCCUCCUCGAUCUCUGGAGCUCAGGGUCAUUCCAGUGCGUCCAGGUUCAUCUUCUACUUACACAAUUCUUCCAAAGCACAAACGAACCUCAACAGUGCUGGAUGAUGGUUGGGGUCGCCGUACGUACCGCGCAAAGUCUGGGCCUCCACUUACCCGAGACCACCAAACAAGUAUCGUCACCACGACGAAGGGAGUUGAUGCGGAAGAUAUGGCAUGGUUGCAUCUUGAUGGAUCGUGUAACUUCAAUGACUUAUGGACGGCCACCAAUGAUCAGUGCCACACUUGCAGCUGUGGUACCACGACCACUCCCUAUCGACGAAGAACUUUUGCCACAGGAAGAGGAUCAACCGGCACCAGAUCCGACAGGGCCCUCGAUCCUGGACUUCUUUGUCCAGACUUUGGAGUUAUACGAGAUCUUGUUCGAUGUUCUCGUCGGCUUUUACUCAUCAUCCUCCGGCGUAGAUCUUUCGGUUGAUGAUAUCUGGGCUCGACAUCUAGGACCUUCCGCCAUUUCCAGCAAUUCCUCCAUCCUGCACGUCGAGCGAAGGUUGAUCAAAUGGGAAGCUCAGUUACCUCCGCACCUGAGGUUGGCAGAAACCAGCCCGGGUGUGCAAUCCACCUCACCAUUCUUCAGGCAAGCGGUUAUUCUUCAUCAACGGUAA